AUGGACCUGAGAUAUCCCGAGACUCUCAAAGAGUACGGCAAACCCGGCGCGAAGAAGGACGGCGACGGAGGAGCGGAGGAUGGAGAGGAGAAGGAACACCCCGCCAUCGCGCGCGUGCGAUGCAUGAUGGGCCGCGAGAUUCGCGUCAAGGUCGUCGACGGCCGAGUCUUCGUCGGGCGGUUCGAGUGCUACGACAAGCAGGGCAACAUCCUGAUGGAGGACGCGAUGUCCACGACGUUGGACGAUCCGGAGGGCACGGAGCCUCACACGUACCGCGGGAUGAUCAUCAUUCAGAAGCAGCACAGGGUGGAGACGCAGCUGAUCGUUCGGGACGGCGAGUGCGAUCCCACCGCGCCGGACUUUGACCCGUACAAGGAGCUGGAGGAGCAGGAGCUGUUGUACCAGGCGGAGGCGGAGGCGCAGGCGGACGGGGGUGCGGACCCGAUAGACGACCACGAACCACCGGUCCUUUAG